AUGGGAUACAUACUUGCUCUUUUUCGAAAUCCAUCAAUAUCUUGUUUAACUGUAGAACUAAGAAUGGAGGGGAACUUCAGUUCAUAUAAUCCUCAACUAGCCUCCAGCUUGAAGAAUAGUUGCAGUAAGCAAGAGCAUGACCAUUCAGGGGAGGAUCAUCAUCUCAAAGAAGAUUACAUGUCUCCAUCUUUCAAUCUGCGGAAUAUUUCAAAGCUCAUUCUUCCUCCACUAGGCGUUUCAAGCCAGAAUCUUGUUAACUCAAAAGGAUGGAUCAUAUCACCAAUGGAUUCAAGAUACAGGCACAAUUACCUUAACACUAAAAUCACCAUUUGGAAAAACCCUGUGUGUUUUUCUAUGUGUUGGGAGAGUUUUAUGGUUCUUCUGGUAGCUUAUUCUGCAUGGGUUUAUCCCUUCGAAGUAGCUUUCAUGCACAAAUCUUCUAACAUGAAACUCUAUAUUGUGGACACUGUUGUUGAUCUUUUCUUCGGUAUUGACAUUGUUUUGACAUUCUUCGUGGCUUACAUUGAUCGAGCAACCCACCUACUAGUUCGAGACAAGAAGAAGAUUGUAGUGAGAUACUUGUCUACAUGGUUCGUGAUGGAUUUGGCAUCAACUAUACCAUAUGAGGCUCUUGGGUAUUUGUUCACUGGCAAACACAAAGUGGGUCUCCCAUACUUCCUCUUAGGCCUGCUUAGAUUUUGGAGAUUAAGACGAGUCAAGCAGUACUUCACAAGGCUUGAGAAAGACAUCAGGUUCAACUAUUUCUGGGUCCGAUGUGCCAAGCUUCUUUCUGUAACUCUUUUUUCAAUUCAUUGUGCUGGGUGUCUAUACUACAUGCUAGCUGAUCGUUAUCCCCACCAAGGAAAGACAUGGAUUGGAGCUGUGAACCCAAAUUUCCGAGAGACAAGCCUUCGAAUCAGAUACAUUUCUGCCAUGUACUGGUCCAUCACUACCAUGACCACUGUAGGUUAUGGUGACCUUCAUGCCGUCAACACCAUGGAAAUGAUCUUCAUUAUUUUCUACAUGCUCUUUAACCUUGGCCUAACUGCUUACUUGAUCGGUAACAUGACAAAUCUUGUUGUUGAAGGAACUCGCCGUACCAUGGAAUUUAGAAAUAGCAUUGAGGCAGCCUCAAACUUUGUGUGCCGAAAUCGGUUGCCUCCAAGGUUAAAGGAGCAGAUCUUGGCUUACAUGUGUUUGAGAUUUAAGGCAGAAAGUUUGAAUCAGCAUCAGCUUAUUGAGCAGCUACCAAAGUCUAUUUGCAAAAGCAUCUGCCAGCAUUUAUUUUUUGCCACGGUGAAGAAAGUCUAUCUUUUCAAAGACGUCUCAAAAGAAAUUAUUUUGUCCCUGGUUGCAAAAAUGAAGGCAGAGUACAUACCACCAAGAGAGGAUGUUAUCAUGCAAAAUGAAGCACCUGAUGAUCUUUACAUUAUUGUGUCUGGGGAAGUGGAGAUCAUCGAUAGUGUGAUGGAGAAAGAGAGAAUUUUAGGGACACUACAUACUGGGGACAUGUUUGGAGAGGUCGGUGCUCUUUGUUGUAGACCUCAGAGCUUUACCUACAGAACCAAAACUCUCACACAGCUCCUGAGACUGAAGACCAAUACCCUUUUAGAAGCAAUGCAGAUUAAAAGGGAAGACAACAUACAAAUACUCAAAAAUUUUCUUCAGCAUUUCAAGCAGCUAAAGGAUCUGAGUAUCAAAGAUUUGGUGGCGGAGAAUGCGGAAGAGGAGGACCCUAACAUGGCUGUGAACUUGUUAACUGUGGCAAACACAGGCAAUGCUGCUUUUCUAGAGGAGCUUCUAAGAGCAGGUCUGGAUCCUGACAUUGGCGACUCCGAAGGGAAAACUCCAUUGCAUAUAGCAGCAUCAAAUGGGUAUGAAGAGUGUGUUAAAGUCUUACUAAAGCAUUCAUGCAACAUACAUAUAAGAGACAAGAAUGGUAAUACUGCACUAUGGGAUGCUAUAGCAUCAAAACAUUACUCCAUCUUUAGACUUCUCUUCCAGCUUGCUGCUCUCUCUGACCACAACACAGCAGGCGAUCUCCUUUCUACAGCAGCCAAAAAAAACGAAUUAACAGUGAUGAAAGAUCUUUUAAAACAUGGAUUAAAAGUUGACUCUAAAGAUCAUCUUGAUGCAACGGCAAUCCAAAUUGCAAUGGCAGAAAAUCAUGUGGAAAUGGUUCAGUUUCUUGUCAUGAAUGGUGCUGAUGUAUCUGAUGUACAUAAACAUGACUUUGGUUCAUCCACCUUAACUGAAAUGCUACAUAAUUGUGAAAUUGGACAUCGAAUUAAUGUAAUUGAGUGCAUGCCCGAUGAAGCUGUAAUAAAGGAGAAACAUCAAGAGGAGGAACAUAUUGGAGGAAGAUAUAAUGGACCAAAGAUUGCGAGAGUAAGCAUAUAUAGAGGUCACCCUUCAGUAAGAAGAGAGAAGGGUAUAAUGCAAGCGGGGAAGCUAAUAAGGAUGCCUGAUUCAUUACAGGAACUCAAGACUAUUGCUGGUGAAAAAUUUGGGUUUGAUGCAAAUGAUGCAAUGCUGACAAAUGAAGAGGGAGCAGAGAUAGACUCUGUUGAUGUGAUCAGAGAUAACGAUAAACUAGCUCUGCUGCGCUUCCCUUUCCCUUCCAUCAUUGGAGACUCUGAUCAAACACUUAGAGUGCAUAAUUACCUUUAUCUUCAUCCUAGCGAAACCCAAUCAUCACUCUUAUUUCUCCUCUUGAUUCCACCAACUAUCAUUCAUGGAGCUGUUCAAUGUUAA